GACGCGAGAUCCUACGCAACGAUGAUGUCAUGCCUCUGCGGCGCAUGCGUCAACAGCUGGAGAGCGAAAUUCAGGAAGUGUUUCUGAUAUCACGAAUCCAAAAAACUUUCCCUGUAAUUAACAGUCUGUGGUACCGUAAUCAAAAUCUGAAAUGGAUUCUAAGAACAACCCACCGACCUACGACAAGAUAUACCCGGGAAUGAGCCCCACAGAACCAUUGUAUGAUGCUCCAACUGAAACACAGCCGUUGUAUGACAAUACAGCAUCACCUACAAGUGGUAGCGGAGACGAUACGUUAUAUACGGAUCCCGAGUUAGUACAUGAUGAGGAAGAGAAGGAAGCACUUCGUAUUGAACUUAAUAAGACUGAAGAAGAAAUAUCGACUUUGAAGCAGGUGUUGCAUGCCAAAGAAAAUAGAGUUGGUGAAAUAAAAAGAAAGCUGGGACUCACACCCAUGAACCAAUUUUCAAAAAGUGUUAAACAGUCAUGGACCAGCGUCCAACAGUCAUCAGCCUAUCAGACUACCAGCUCGCGAUUAAAAGAAUGGAAUGAGAAAGUUACCCAGUCGUCAGCUUACACCAAGACUAAAACUGGAUUAACUAGUGCUUCACAAAAGACUGGUGCUGCUUUCUCUUCAUUUGGCAGCGCUGUUAGUAAGAAGAUGGGUGAGAUCAGAGGUUCAAAUGCCUUUAAAUCAAUGGAAGAAAAAACCUCUAGUUUUGCCAGUACUGUCAAGACUGUAGUGACUGGACAACCAAGUCCUACAAACCAGGAGGGUUCCAGUUUUGAAGAUGCUCUUAACAGCACUGCAGAAGAACAACACAAACAACAUGAUGAAGCUGAUCUAGUUAGUCCAGGAACUAAUACUUUGUCAGCAGAGGACAAAAUUCCCUUAUGAACUAUUAAGCUUAAUUGAUUGACUGAACACACUUGAAUCUGCUAUGUAGGGUGUUUUAUUUUCAGAAUGGGUUUUUAAAUUCUGGUCAUUGUCUUCUGUUCUCUUGCUGUUGUAAUUGCAUAAAAUUAUAUCCAACCACAAUUAUUUAAGUGCAAUGUAUACAUUACUAUGUACGUUACAUUAUUUUGUAGAUCUGAGAUACAUGUUUCAAAAAUGUCUGAUCCACAUUUCCUUUAGGUAAUAUUUCAUAAAACUUGCAUUUAAGACAGAACACAUGGCUUUGAAUAUUUAAUUUGUUAUUGUCUUACUUCAACACUUUACAAAUCUCCUUAUUUUAUUGUGCAUAUCGCUGAAAACAUUGGUCAAUUAUUUUGAAAUGACUCAAAUUUACAUCGAGAAUUGCAGGCAGAAUUGUGCUCAAAGGUUAAGUUUGACAUUAUCAUGGUAACAAAAGUUAAAAUUUUGGGCUUGACAUGUGCUGAAAAAAAGAUUGGUUCGUUGUUGAUUCAUCUAUCAAGCAAGCUUCAUCACUUUGUGUUAUUGUGUAUUAAAUUCCAUAUGAGAACUCUCCUAUUUAUUACUUGUAUCUGUAGACUACAGGAAUUUUAGUUAUUGAAGUUAGUUUUCUAAAUGUACGAAUUAUUCAUCAAGCCAUUGUGUAUAUAGUUAUUAAUUCCUUUGAUUAAUCCGUAUCUAUCUUCUUUCCAACAUGCAAUUUAGUUCCUAUAUGUAUAUUCAUCUGUUUUCACACAAGCAUGGUCAUAUAAUAGGUACAUUCACCAAGGCAAGUUGAUAUACUCUUCAAUCAGUUUCAUUUUCGUCUUUUACAAAGUGAUGUUGAUUUUGUGCUUUGGCACAUGUACUUACACAUGUCCAAUAAUAACUUAGUUUUGCUGGAGAAUGAACAGGAUAUAUGUAUGAUAUAUGGUGUGUACCAUCUCUCAGGCAUGUAGAUUGCCGUAUUUCGCAGGUGUGGAUCUUAAGUCCGUCUGUAGCAUCAUAACUAGGACUAAACGUUCACUACUUGGUCACUAUUCAAACUCCACAGCAGUCAAGGCAUAUUAUUUGCAAAUGUAAUGUGGUUGCCUGAGAACAAUUAUUCCCAAUCAAUUUACAAAUUGCUAGAAUGAAACUUAGUGAGGAUAAAUUGCAUUAUUAAAUUUUUGGAUGAUAUGGUUAAUCUCAAUAAAUUGAGUUGUUUAUGUCAACUAUGAUUAUCUGCUUAUUGUUCCAUAAAACAGUGAUGAUUUGAUCAGACAACCUAAUUACAUUUUUAUCAUGACUGUGAAUUGUUUGUAUCUCUACCAUAUAUGGCCGAUCCUUUGUACCUUUCCAUUCAGACAAGAUCUGUGCUGUGAAUAUAUUACCGGUAGUACAUUUUGCAAAUCAUAAACACAUUUCCAUAGCAAGUGUAGUACAUUGUACACUGUGUUUUUCUAGCAUAUGACGAAUUUGAAAAGCAUGAAACUGUGUCCAUGCUUGAUGUAACUUCUUUCAUUACUAUCAAAACUACAUAUUUCUACCAGAAGUGCAAUUCAAAAAGUGUUUAUUUCUGUGUAUUUACGCAAUGUCCUUGCCGUUCAUUGAUAGUUGGCAUUGGAUUAUGUGCACCAUUUCGAAUUGUCACAGCAUGUAUAACUAACUAGUUUGCAAUGUUCUCUUAAUAAUAUAUGUAUCCCAUGUUCUCUCUAAUUGCUAUUCUUCAUUAUUUUAUCUGUUUUCGAUUCUAAGUCGUAAAAUCUGUUGUUUGCAAAUGAUUUGAGUUAGUUUGUAUCAUAAUGUUGACAACCAUUAGGUUAUAGGUGUAAUACAUACAUGGUAUAUGGAUAUGGAGACUCCAUAUCGUUCAUAUAUUGUUGAGAAACCAUAAUACAGAGAGAGACACACAAUUUAAUAUCUUAUUCGUGUCACGGCUGUUUACAUUAAUUUGUUAAGGCAUUUAAUCCUAUUGGAAAAGUGCAGAUUACAAUUAUAACAUACCCAAAAGUUGCAUGGACUAACUUUAUUGAAGAUAAUAAUCGUUGUUAUAGCUGGCUAAAUGAGGUGCAUUUUGCAUUGCAAACUUGUUUCUCAUCUUAAAUUUCAAAUAUAACCUCACAGCUAAGCCAAAAAAAAAAAUGUUGGAAAAAAUGGUUUAUGAUAUAUUUUAAAAAUCGUUUUCACAACUGUUGAAACGAACUAAUUUACUAUAUAAUGUAUUAUAUUAGAUACGACUUAGGUGUUUCUUAAUGUUGUAUUCUGUCUGUUCUGCAUGAAUUCACUUCAUUCCUAAACAAGGCUUAGAGCUCAUUUCUGGAUAUAGUGUACUAGUUAUCAAAGUGAAUAAAACUUUUUUCAUAAACAAUAUUUAUGACA